CGUAAGAAUCUAUAUUUCUUUUUAUGCGAGCCUUGAAAGUAAUGUUUAUAAGGCCAUUAUCACUAUUACGUCCCAUAUAUCUCUCACGGACUCACGUCGACACCUGACAUUUUGUACUGUGAGGAGUACCCAUACACGCUAUAGGAAAUUAAUGCAUCACCGCUGCAUUCAUACAUGUUGUGACACCUGGCGAGAGAGAGAGAGAGAGAGAGAGAGAGAGAGAGAGAGAGAGAGAGAGAGAGAGAGAGGAAAUACUAAUCGUCAUAUCACGUCCACCAAAGCGCAAUAUGUGUAGAUAAUACAGUCGAAUGAGACCAUUUUCCUUUACGUACAUUUCAGUACUGCAUCUAGACAACUUGAAGCCAGAGGGUUCAGUGGAUUUCCAAGGAUUUCAUGGUUCUAGUGUUAUUUUGAGAAAAAAAAAAUCCGCAUCGACUGGAAGGAUUAUCAAGUUAUUUCAUGAUUCUAAAGGCAGUUCAACAAAAAUUCUACAUGGACACAUACUCAUGAAGGCUUGACGUAUCACAUCUGUAGUCUUUGUUAUAAGUUUUUACGAGUGAAGUUAACAUUUAAUUUCAUACAGCUACUGUGUAGUAUACUGCAUUUACAAUUUUACUUUCGACCUCAGACUUCAGGUACGGGAAGUGGGAGUGUUAAGGAAUUUACGAGUGUUUUCAUGAUUCUGCCGGUAAUUUGAUAAUGAUUGGAAAAAAUACUCAUGAAAACUUGACUAUAUUUCUCUAUACCUUUCGAAAUCAGUCACUGGGAGAUAAUAAACCAUUUCCAGGCUCGAGAAAAAUGUCUCAUUCCUGAGUUACAUGUCCCAUCCCGCAUAUUCCACCGGUCGGCAAUCUCUUGUAAACAAACAGACACGUCAACACGACCCUACCAGAUACAAGAUGCUAUUUUAACCCUCCUCAUUUCCAGUAAACCACACACCCUAUAUCUAUAAUAACUCUGUCAAUAAACCAUACACGUCUUAAAACUUAGAUACAGUAGGAAAUGUGCAAUUAGAAAGGAUAGAUUAACCAUGAAAAUAUGUUUGGCUGAAAUGGUACGCGGCAACUUGUUCAUUUUGCCAGCACGGCCAGCGGCUCAGCGCCACGGCUGACUGAGUCUUGACUCUUUGAGUAGGAAGUGUCACUGAAAGUUGUGUGCUAUUGUAUGCUGUGUGUGCCAUGGCUGAGGGUGAACAGGGCACGGAGGUGAAGAGGGCACUCCUCACAGGCAUCACUGGCCAGGAUGGUUCAUACCUGGCUGAGCUGCUGCUGGAGAAAGGCUACCAGGUACACGGCAUCAUCAGGCGCUCCUCCACCUUCAACACUGGAAGAAUCCGUCACCUCUAUGAGGAUCCCAAGAUCCAUAAGAAUGGGCGGAUGACACUCCACUAUGGUGAUUUGACUGACUCUGCUUGCCUGGUCAAGAUCAUCUCAAGAGUGCAACCUGAUGAGAUCUACAACCUCGGAGCACAGAGCCACGUCAAGGUCUCAUUUGACUUGGCUGAAUAUACCGGCAAUGUGGAUGCCAUGGGAACGCUGCGGCUCCUAGAUGCCAUCAGAACGUGUAACAUGGACAAGAAGGUCAAAUUCUAUCAAGCCUCCACCUCAGAAAUGUACGGCAAGGUUCAAGAAAUUCCACAGACAGAAACGACUCCAUUCUACCCAAGAUCUCCUUAUGGAGCCGCCAAACUGUACGCCUACUGGAUUGUUGUUAAUUUCCGUGAGUCAUAUGGAAUGUUUGCCUGCAACGGGAUUCUUUUUAACCAUGAGUCUCCGCGGCGAGGAGAAACCUUCGUCACCCGCAAGAUUACUCGCUCUGUGGCCAAGAUUCACCUAGGACAUCUGGAGAAAUUUGAACUCGGAAACCUCGACUCCAAGAGGGACUGGGGUCAUGCCAAGGAUUAUGUGAAGGGCAUGUGGAUGAUGAUGCAACAAGAGGAACCUGAGGACUUUGUUUUGGCUACUGGGGAAGCACAUUCAGUGAGAGAAUUUGUGGAAGCAUCUUUCAAGGAGAUUGGGAGGGAGAUCUACUGGGAGGGUACUGGUGAGGCUGAGGUGGGCAAGGAGAAGGGCAGUGACAUCAUCCGAGUCACCAUCAACCCCAAGUACUACCGUCCAGCAGAAGUGGACUUCCUGCAAGGGGACUCCACAAAGGCACGGCAGAAGCUGGGAUGGAAGCCAAGUUAUGACUUUCAGGCACUGGUGACAGAUAUGAUCCAGGCAGACAUUGAGCUCAUGAGGAAGGACCCCACAGCUUAAGUCACCUGUCACUCCCUCAGUCGAUCGGUUCUUGCCAUCGCAGAGAAACUUGAGCGACUCAUGUGUGUCUUAUUGAUAAUUUGUUGAUUUAUUUUCUUACUUGUGAUAUUAAAUUUUAAAUGAGUCAGUGAGUGAGUAGGAAUGUACUGUAUGAUGAAUAGGUUGUAAUGGACUGUGGUAGGCCUAACUGUUAACAGAACUGUCUGAAAGUAAUAAAUGGGUUGUAGUGUUAAUAUGAGAGGGUUGUUGAAGUAUUGUUGAGCACAUGAAAGUGAAAGGAGGAACCCAUGUCAGCCCUUCCAACAGGAAAGCUGUUGCACUGGCUGGCUGAGGCAAGACUCCAUGAACUAUCAGUCACAGAAUCACUCUAGUGUUGUGAACCUUUGCAGUAUUCUCUGACACUUCCUUGUACAGACCACUGGUCAACAUGAAUGCCAUGCAGAAUUUAUAAUGUGCAAUAUAAAAUUCCUAAGGGACACUUGUGGAAGGUGAAUGGCAUCUUAGCUCAGUGUCCAAAAGAUCAGUGCCAACAUGUAUGACCAUAGUGUCAGACAGUGAAGGGUAGCAGUCAAUUUUCAAUGAAGCCAAAGGCUUGCAUUUGUAUUUUUUAAGCAUUUUAUAUUCCUACAUCUCAUACAAUGAGACAAGGCUUGUCUGGGAAAACCAAGUGAAAUCUUGGCCUGGUAUGCAGGUAGAUAGAUAGUGAUGCUUUAUCUCCAUGACAUGACAUGACAUGUGUUGUGGUUGCUGGACUCAUUGCUGACAAGGACCUUCAAGAAGGAUGUCAGUGUCACACCCAUGGUGCUCUUUUCUUAAGGAAAUGGUUCAGAAUAGUGUCAAUUCUUUCUUUGUAAUCUCAAUAAUGACACUUGGUAUGGACUUGACAGUCACAGUCAAAAGUAGUAUUCAUAUAAUAUGGUAUGGAUUUACAUGAUCUGCAUCAGAAUUCUUGUAUGUAAAAAGAAUUUCACUGGAUUAUACCUGGAAUGAUUUGAUUGCUUUGUAUUGAUGGCUGUCAUUUCCAUGGUGGUGAUUACUAUGUCCUUAAUCUUAAGUCCUAUGUCAGAAGACCAGAGGAUUGAGACUGAGGGCAGUGAGUGUGAUAAGUUACUUGACUUCUGACCAGCUUUGCUUUCCUUGAGGCAGCUCCUUAGCAUCUCCUUAGUCAGUGUCCAGCAUCUCACACUGCCAUGAAUGAAUGUUUCCCAUGUUACUUGAGUGGCAGAUGUGCUGUGUGAGUGGAAACAUUGAGUGCAUCACAUUACUGUCAUGAUAGAUAAGAUUUCAUGCACCUCAUAACCAUUCCAAACUGGGCAUUUUGACAUUGUUACUACAUUAAAUUGAUAGUUUACA